AUGGCGACCUCACAGAACCCUGGCGGACCGGUAUUGAUUCAGCAUACGCCUCCUCCUCAUGCUCUAAGUCCCGAAGUCAGUGUCGUUCCCAUCACCGCCUUUGGUGCAGAACCUCAUGCACACCACUCGCCUCCUUUGCCAGAAGCUACUACCGGUCCUGCGAUCGCCCCCACGUCCCACCCCCGGCCGUCUGCCCCCGAGUUGACCACUGUUGCCACUGAGUUGCUUGAUACAGAGAUGGCAGAUACCCCUCUCACUCGUCCUCGUACCCUGGCGGACCCAGUCCGACAUACAGAUAUAGAAUCCUUACCCUCGCAAGAACAGCGCCCCAUUACUGAGGAGCCGCCCGGCGUGGGUGCCGAUAUCCCAGAACAGUUGGAGGAGGAAGCCCAAAUCGAGAGUCAAGGAACAGAGCAUGUGGACCAAGAGUCGAGUGACGGAUCGAGCCAGGAGUGGGGGCAAGAAUCUCAUAUCCCUCCACCGCCUCAAGCCGAUUUGCAGCACUCUAGACGUGAUGUUCCGAUAUGGGUGACAUGGGAAGAUGACUCCUCCACUCCUACUGAAGAUGAACUGGAAGAACUAGCAUUGAGAGAGGCCAGAGGAACAGAGCUGAAUGCCUUGGAUGUGUCUAGUGUGGAGAAGCGCGUCUAUCAAGAUGUCGAUGACCCGGAACAGCGGCCUGUCAAGAAGCUGAGGCUGAGUUGGAUCUUAAAAGGUGUCAGAGGCACUAGAGACAACCCCAAUUACGCCAGAGUCAUGGUUUCUCCAGUCGCAGAGGUGGAUGGGAACUACUGGCAGAUCAAGUUCUACCCGAGGGGGAACAAAUGCUCUUCCUUGAGUGCUUACAUCAGAUGCAGCAGGACUCCUCCCAAAGCGGCUGCAGACAUCCCUGAGGGCACCUUUUCGUUCUUUGCAGGGCCGCCAGAGGCGGAGCUCGGGGCCGGGGCUAUUCCAUCACAAACAUUCACCAUAGGGACCGGCUUGAGAGGCAAUGGUGUCGCUACAUCAACAGACUCCAGCGCAUCCUCAGAUUCUCACAAGCCAGAUGAUAACCACUCCUCCGGGUACCCUAGUACCAGUGUCCACCAGGGCACUGACAGCGACUUGCGAGACAUGACAGAUGGCGGUGUAUCCAUUGGAGAAGAUUGGCGUGUUCCUGCACAGCUGGGAAUGGUGAUGUACAAUCCAGAGGAGCCACGAACUUGCACGUAUAUGUCUUCCCAGCAUCAGUUCGCAAAGUCCAACGAUGACUGGGGAUGGACAAACUUUGUCGGUCCUUGGAGCGAGAUCCACGUUCGUCAGCAUCUACAACGGCAACCCCUGCUGCAAAAUGAUACUAUUGCCAUCGAUGCCUACAUCCGCAUCUUCGACGAUCCCAGCCAAGCCCUCUGGUGGCACUCCUCUGACACAGAACCCCAGUGGGACUCAAAGUCGCUGGCCGGCUACUACCCCAUGGGUACUCCUCCUCUUUACCACAGCCCUGCUGUCGCUGGGAUGACUGCAUGGCUUCUCCUUGCCCCAUUUCGUCAGGUCAUUCAGGGAGUCAAUGCAGGGGCCUGGCGACAGAAUUCGCAAACACCUCCCAGACCAGUCAUAUGUGAACUGCAAAAGAUCCUAUUCUUGAUGCGCUCACUGAAGAAAGAACGUGAGACUUAUGUGGACGUUUACCCUGCAAUCCACGCAAUCAAGGAGCUAUGUGAAACCUACAGUGAUGUCAAAACAUUUUGGGAGGUGCUCCGGAGAACAGUCGAGCUUGAAUUAGGGGGUGACCAUACGUCGCUGGAACGGUUGAGCAGCAUCUUUGACACUCCAGACGGCCCCAUCUCCCUGCCGCCGCUACCGGUCCAGGGGGUGAGGGACAUUCAACAAGGUCUCGAACACGCGCUGGUAAAUGCCAAAUUCAAGGGCCGUCUCCCCAAUUUCUUACCACUUUUCCUGGCUCGUCAACGGUUUGACGAAACUGCGAGAGAGUGGAAGUUACUGCGUGACCGUGUUGUCAUGAAUGAAGAGCUAGACGUCUCAAAAUACUGCGGAGAUGGUGAGCCGGCACAUUAUACUCUCUACGGCUUCGUGGUCCACGUUGGGGACAGAAAUUCGGGCCGAUUCUACAGCGUCCUACGUCCGGAUGGGCCUGGCACCAAAUGGCUUGCUUUUGAGGAUGGUGACGGAAAUAAGAUUUUCUCAUUCACCCGAAAACGCAUUCAGGAAUUUGAAGGGCUCGAGGGGCGGGCAUUGAGGGACUCCAAUCCCACAGGCCAGACGGCGUACAUGACGAUGUACAUCAACACUAGCUGUCUACACGAAUAUUUGCCUGGCAAGUUGGAGCCAUACAAACUUCCCAGAUGGCUGGUUCCUCAUCUCCAGUCUCAAUACCAGGAUGGUGUUGUAAUCCUCGAGGAUGAUUCAAUCACUAAAGAUUCGGAUUAUAUCGACGUUGAGGUUCAUUCUGAUGAGGGUAUCAUGGGACGGGAUGGUCUUUUGGACAUGUUCACCAUCCAACAGCAGUGUCGCCAAGAAGGAAAAUCUUACGUCUUGCGCUCGCCGAGGUCCGCAACGUUUCAGGAGUUGAGGCAUCAAUUGUCUGCGAUGCUCAACCUUGCAGAAUCGGACAGCAUCUGCCUUUUCUUUCUGAGGUACAUCGGUACUGGACUACACCAGAGUGCACGUAUGCUCCCCGUUAACUUGCACGACCUUGUCUUUGGGGGAGGUCUAAUGGACCAGCCGUUGUGCCUGUGGAUGUCGAUUCUCAAAACCAAGGAGGAGUUUGAACAUUUUGCCAAACAUGACCACGCGUGUGACAGACAGCCAGCCCAAGCCACGCCGCCAUCCGGGACUAGUCCAGGCGACAUGAUCAACAGUGUAGAUGCCGCGGAGUCCGACAAUGCUGACGAAGAGCAAAUGGCAGCUUCCGAUGCUGAGCAGGCGUCGAUACGUGCCGCCGUUGUUGCCGACGUUGAGCGCAUCGCGGCAGGUCUUGGCCAGCCCAUAUCUACUCUAGCGGAUAUGAGUGACCCAGAUACGCCCAUGCAAAUGGAGAGUCUCCCUCCCACAGCUGAGGAGAAUCUUACACGCCCUGUACCGCACGGUCACUGGAUUGAUGUGGCAGCACAUCAGGGCGAAGUCUUUGUAGGCAGCGAAGGCGGCGGUGAUGAGAGCGCCCAGUCAUAUGACGGGGGUGUUAUUGUGGCAUCGGGCAUUGCAGCCGGAGCAGAGGUCACUGUUAUGGACGUUGGUGCUAACGUGGAAGGGGCCACCAACGCAUCGUCCAAUUUGUCUGGACCAGCAUCUACGGAUAUUCAAGCCAGCCUUGAGUGUAUCUAUGGCCUAAUCCAGUUUUUCGACGUGGAGAAGCAAAAUUUCAUAGUCCGAAGCCGCUUCUUUGCACGACGUGGCAGCCGCGUGAGAGAUGUUGUACGCAGAAGCAUGGGCUGGCCGGCCGAGAAGGAAUUCAACGUCUGGCGCCGAGAGUCAGCGGUCCAAGGGGUCAUUGUGGAGCGUGACGAAACGUUCAAAGACCAUAGCUUCGAUCACAGUACGGAUGUCAUUGUUGGUGAAACACUUUCGGACGCCCAAAUCAAAGUAAUUCACCAGCAGGGCAAGUAUUCGGAUCCCUUUGACUUGUCGUCAUAUCUUCGCAUGGUGGAACGAAAGCAUCCAGUUGCAUCCAAGACGACAAGUGAACCUGUCGAGCUGGCCGAUUUCGGAAGCGACUACUACAAAGGGCCUCUCGUCAACGGUCGAGCUCAUGGUGAGAAUUGCUUGUGCAUCAGCUCUUCAGGAGAGAGGUAUGAAGGACCGCUUAUCUGCAACAAGAGAUGCGGCAAAGGAGGCAAGAUGACAUAUCGCAACGGGGACACGUAUGAUGGCGAGUGGGAUGACGAUGAACGCCAUGGUCAGGGCACGUUUGUGGAACACAGAACAGGCAACAAGUACGUGGGCGGCUUUGAAUAUGGGAAGCGAUGGGGGAUGGGGACGACCUACUGGCAAGUCGCCGACGAGCAGGCAGACCUCUGCCAGAUCUGCUACAGCCAGGAGAUCGACGCCUUGUUCUUCGAUUGUGGACACGUCUGUUCUUGCGUCGAGUGCGCCAAGCAAUGCGAAAUCUGUCCUAUCUGCAGGAAGACUGUGAAGCAAGUGGUCAAGAUGUUCCGUGCAUGA